ACUGGCGCUGCUAGGUGGCGCGCAGAUCAGGAUCAAUUUUUUAUUUUGAGGUUAGGUUUCCGAGCAUUGUCAAAUAGUUUCAUGACAAUCAUGAGUUCUUGUCUACGAUAGCAUUAUGUGUAAAAGUUAUAUUUACCCGAUGAGUAUCAAAGAUGAACACAAAGGAGAAGGAAAAAUACAUCGAAGAAUUUGAUUUCCCUCAUUGUGACGAAUCGUCGAAAUAUGAGAAAGUGGCGAAAAUUGGCCAGGGCACCUUCGGGGAGGUGUUCAAAGCUAGAGAUAAAAAUUGUACAAAAAAGUUCGUAGCUAUGAAAAAAGUGUUAAUGGACAAUGAAAAGGAAGGGUUUCCUAUAACUGCUUUAAGAGAAAUAAGGAUAUUACAGUUACUGAAGCAUGAGAAUGUAGUAAAUUUAAUAGAAAUAUGUAGAACAAGAGCAACUCAGUAUAAUCGUUAUCGUUCUACAUUCUAUCUUGUAUUUGACUUUUGUGAACAUGAUUUGGCAGGUUUAUUGUCAAAUGUGAAUGUCAAAUUUAGUUUAGGAGAAAUUAAGAAAGUUAUGCAACAAUUGUUAAAUGGUCUUUAUUAUAUUCAUAGUAAUAAGAUUCUGCAUAGAGAUAUGAAGGCUGCAAAUGUUUUAAUAACCAAGAAUGGUAUAUUGAAGUUAGCUGACUUUGGUUUAGCUCGUGCAUUCAGUGCAAAUAAAAAUGGCCAACCAAAUCGUUAUACAAAUAGAGUUGUUACUCUUUGGUACAGACCACCCGAACUUCUACUUGGUGAUAGAAACUAUGGCCCUCCUGUUGAUUUAUGGGGUGCAGGAUGUAUAAUGGCUGAAAUGUGGACCAGAUCACCAAUAAUGCAAGGGAACACAGAGCAACAACAGCUGAUAUUAAUUUCUCAAUUAUGUGGUUCUAUUACAACAGAAGUAUGGCCUGGAGUAGAAAAUUUGGAAUUAUUUAAUAAAAUGGACUUGCCCAAAGGUCAAAAGCGAAAGGUGAAAGACAGAUUGAAACCAUAUCUAAAGGAUCCUUACGCUUGCGAUUUGUUAGAUAAACUUUUAAUUCUUGAUCCAUCUAAAAGAUUUGAUUCUGAUUCUGCGUUGAAUCACGACUUUUUUUGGACCGAUCCAAUGCCUUGUGAUCUUAGCAAAAUGUUGGCGCAACAUACACAGAGUAUGUUCGAGUACUUAGCCCCACCAAGACGUCCUGGUCAUAUACGUCACCCUCAUCAUCAAGUACCUGGAGGGCCAGCAAAGCCUAGUUCUAGUAUGGCUGACAGUGGUUACCAAGACCGUGUAUUCUAGGAUAUAUUUUGUUUACAUAAACGUAGACUGCCCUUUAUUCAUACUUUCUCAUCUUUUAAAAUUUUGAUAAGCCAUAUGAUAUCUAACUUUCAACUUUUUCGAUAAUAUUAAGGUAUGUUAAAUUUAAAGUUUUGUUAUGUAUUCUUGGAAUAAGAUGUAAAAGUUUCUUACAUGCAUAUAUAUACUUUUGUGUAUAUAUAUAAAUUUUGUACAAACGGAAGUAGUCUUCUGAUUUAAGCCUUCCAGAAAUAAUUACAUACUUUAUAUUUCAUUUUUGUACAUAUCCUCAUUUUAAUUUUACAAAUGUUGCGUGUUUUACACAUGGAAUCUUUUUCACAUAAAUACAAUAUUGUAUUUGUGGUUAUUACAAAGCAAUACAAAUUAAUAAUUUUAACAAAUCUGCCUGUAAAU